AUCCACAACACAACGACCAAAUCCUACGCGACGUGUCGCUAAACCAAACCAGGUGCGCAUCGCGCACACUGCGUACCUUUUUCCUUCCCAUUUCCAUUUAUCAUUCCCUUCAACUACUUCACUUCUCCCCUUCCUCAAUCUUCCAAUCCAUCAUCACCCCUUCAAUUAUAUCCAUCCUUAUCGCUUUGAUUAGUUGAUUUUUAAAUUUUUUACGACCUCAAUCAUAAGAAGAAUCAAUUCUUGUAGCUUUGAUUCGUUUUCUUUUAAUUAGAUUUGCAAACACUAGUGAAACCGAAACCCUAAACCCUUGUGAAUAAGACGAAUUUGUUCUUUCCUUUGAUUAGAUAAGAAAGAGUUAGAUUUAGAUUCAGUUCGUUUACGCUUUUAUUUGUUGUCUUCUAAUUAGAUUUGGGAGUAUAAGUGAAACCCUAGGUCUUAUGGAAAGUUAGUGAAUUUUGUUGAAGAAGAAGAAGAAAAUGUCUGUGGAAAGGUCGUUUGAGGCAUGGGAAGAGGUGCAGCGUCACGGGCAGGACCUGGCUGACCGGCUUGCCCAGGGUUUCAGCGGUUUGAUUCAUACGCAUAUGAGCCCUCCGCAGUUCGCGUGGCCGAACCCUCCGACAUCGAAGCUCUUCGAUCUGGAGUUCCCUUCGCAGAGCUUUGGGAAGAGGGAUUUCGCUUUGGCGACCCAGGAGUAUGGGAUUAAUGGCGUGUCCGCCAUUUUCAAUAUUGGGAACCGGAUCGGGCAGGCCGGGGCGGAUUUCGGUGCCAGCUUGAACGGGCUGGUUCAGCAGUUUUUCCGGUCGUUGCCGGUGCCGGUGCCAUUCAAGCACGAGGAGAGUUCGGUGAGGGUGGAGGGUGGGGAUAAGGGGUGGCAGAGAGGAGGGGUUGUGGUUGCUGUGCAGGAGGAUUUGGGGUUGCUUAGUGAGAGGUUGAAGAAUCAUGGGUUUGCUGAGAGUGUUAGCAGCGGCGGAAGCGCGGAGGAAGAGGGUGGUGGAGGGUUUAACCUUGGGUCUAUUGGUCUUCUGGGUAGGAGACAGGGGAUCAUAAAUUUUACGUCAACUUAUGAUAGCAGAACUCAAGAAGUGGAAGGUUCUUUAGUUGCAAGGGGAGAUUUGUGGAGAGUAGAGGCAUCUCAUGGCGGUUCUACGUCUGGAAAUGAAAAUUCAUCUCUUUUCCUGGUUCAGCUUGGACCUCUUCUCUUUAUCCGUGAUUCAACUCUCCUCUUGCCUGUUCAUUUGUCAAAGCAGCACUUGCUGUGGUAUGGCUAUGAUAGAAAGAAUGGAAUGCAUUCUCUUUGUCCAGCAGUGUGGUCAAAACACAGAAGGUGGCUGUUAAUGUCCAUGCUUUGCCUGAAUCCCGUAGCUUGUUCAUUUGUGGAUCUUCAAUUCCCUAAUGGGCAACUAACCUACGUAUCUGGUGAGGGUCUAAGUACCAGUGCUUUCCUACCUGUUUGUGGAGGUCUUCUUCAAGCUCAGGGUCAAUAUCCUGGGGAAAUGAGAUUCAGCUUUUCAUGCAAGAAUAAGUGGGGAACAAGAAUCACACCAAUGGUGCAAUGGCCUGACAAAUCGUUUUCUUUGGGUCUUGCUCAAGCCUUGGCCUGGAAGCGAUCUGGUCUCAUGGUGAGGCCAUCCGUUCAAUUCAGUGUGUGUCCUACUGUUGGUGGAAGCAAUCCAGGGUUGCGGGCAGAACUUAUUCAUUCAGUUAAAGAGAAACUUAAUCUAAUUUGUGGAUGCGCUUUCAUGACAUAUCCUUCUGCAUUUGCUUCUGUAUCUAUUGGCAGAUCAAAGUGGAAUGGAAAUGUUGGGAACUCGGGUCUGGUUCUAAGAGUUGAUGUUCCUCUCUCCACCGUUGGGCGCCCUUCCUUCUCCAUUCAGAUAAAUAGUGGCAUUGAGUUUUGAUAGCAUUCUAGUGUUUGGUAUCAUCAGUUUUAUAUUUUGCAUGAAGUGUACAUAGGUUUGGUACCUUGACAGUACUUGCAGGAAAUUAAAAAAAAAAAAAAACCCUCCUAACAACAAAGCUUACAGUCUUUUAUGUGAAUAGAAAAUCCUAUUCUGGUAGUGUAUUAGUUUUAGUUGUCAUUUUCUAUGGUUCAGCCCAAAUCAUUUUGGAGCCUGUUGUACUUAUUAUUGAAUUUCUAAUUAUUUUGAGGCCGAAAUUUCUUAAAGUUAGAUUCAAAUUGAGUUGA